AUGGGAACGAACACAACACCUGAGUUCGGCUUUGGCCAAGACGACGACGACGACGACGACGACGACGACGUGUGGGCGAACGUGGACGCCAGUAACUUUGACUCCAUCAUCGAGCAAGCGGAAAAGGCGAGCAGGCAAAGAGGCGGUGGCACUGGAACGAGCGGCGGGAACGCGACGACGACGACGCAACAAACCGUGAAUAAUAAUAAUAAUAAUGUGAAUAAUAAUCUCGUCAACAUCACGCAAUCUCAACAGCAGCAGCGACAGAUGGGCGACGUCUCGCAACAACAACAAAAACAACAACAACAGAAGAACAAUACGAACAAUUUAGAAGUAACAGACGCGCAUUUUUUACAAUCCCGAUUACACGAGCUCGAGCGGAGAGAUAAAGAUAAAGAUGGCAUGCUCUCGUUGCUCCGCUCUCGCGUGGAGCAAUACGAGAAGGAAAACGCCAAGCUGAAACGGGAGGCGAAGGAUACGACGGCGGGAGGCGGACAAAGUGGUAGGAUAGCGAUCGCGCACGGUCAUCAGCAACAAUCGGAGGUUGCGAUCGCGACGACGUCGUACGCGAACACGAGCGCGGCGCAUCACGUUGCAGCGGCAGAAAUCCGAGAGAUGCGAAAAGAGGUUGAAAAAUUGAGAAAUUUGCUCGGAUUUAAAGACGAAGAGUUGCAAGAGGCGCAGGAGAGAGAAGAGAACGCGAGAAGGCGGUCGAGGAGGGAGAAACAAGAGUUGAUGAACGAGAUUUACGGUUUGAGAGAGCAAGUAAAGAAGAGAGAGAAUGAAUUCGAGGAACAAAAGCUACAGAAGAAGAAAAGAAGCGAGGAUGAAACUGGGACGGUCACAGGGAACGAGGCGAAGCGAAGGAAACAAGAUGUGGAAGGCGGUGGUGGUGGUUUGAGCGUAUCGGAUGCAAUUAAACGGUUCGACAACAACAACGUCCAUCAAAAGCAGCAUUCCCUCAGCGUAGCCGCGAAUGCUGCUACUGGUGCGACAAAUCGACAAGCGCAACAACAGCAACAACAAAUCAAGAACAUGGAUACGACAAAGACGAUAGCAUCGGUGCCAAAAGCAAUGACGACGACGACGACGACGACGACGACGACAUGUAAAGAAGUUUCGGACUGGCGACCGAUACUACCGAAAGCACCGAAAGGUUUGUUUGAUCAAGCUUCAAUGGCAGCUUCAGCGUUGUACCACUAUCACGGUAAUGCUACCAACAAUAACAACGCGGACAAUCAAAGAGGAACCUCGUCGAAGAAGUUUGCGUUCUUUUUAGAUUCUUUUGCCAAACGUGAUGCUUUGGUGUUUCUCGGUUUCCACACUCAAGCUGUUGAAAAAGGUGCCACGUUGGCGUCUUUGAGAAAGAAGAAAAAUAGUAGUAGUAGUCAUACCAAUAGCAAGAAAGUCGGGAGCGGACUGCGCAAUAUAGAGGAAGGAUGGGAGUACCACAGCGUGGCGAUUGGCCGAGCGCUCGCUUCUGUUUUCCUCGACGAUGAAGAUCAGGGAGACGAUAAUAGCUAUGUAGACGGUACCCCGAAGAACAGCGGAUAUAGAAUUGAUAGUAUCAAUGAGGUAUUCAGUAACGCGAAUUUCCUCAUCACGCUUCUUGAGGCGCUGAAAUCUGUCGCAGCGUUUGACGGCGACAAAGACUUGAAUCCACCGAGGAACGAGUUUGCGGACGAUAACGCCCGAGAUGAACUCGCGGCUUCAGCAGCGAGACUUUUGCUAAUUCUGCUUAAGAACGAUCAAACGUGCUGUCGAAGAGUGAUUGAAGCUCGGCGGCGCAACUUGCUCAGAAAUCUCUCAACAUCGCAACCGCCCCCAAGAGGUGGAGCUACUGAAGAUGACGAAGCGGAAGAUUCUGUAGAGGAAGAUGACAUGAUGAUCACCGAUAAAGCGACGGUCGCAGCUUCGAUAAUGACAAAUGUUAGAGGUAACGAGAAGAGAAAGAUCCUUCGCAGAAGAAUCAACGGUUCAGAGUUUGAUGUGGCGAGCGCGUGCGCCGGUUCUUUCGCCGGCGGUUCAUUGCUACCGCACCCGCUCUCAACCACUGGGAGAGUUUUCGUGCACACGAAAGAGCAAGUUCCCACAGAAGAUUACAUCACCGCUCCAUCUAAGGGCGCGUCAAAAUCGAAAAAGAGCGACGCUUCUUCGAGCGCUCCUUCUCGAAGCGCUACCGCUGUAGUGGAUGAGAAGUUUGAUGCGGUGGCGAUUGUCGUUGAUUGUUUGCGUAGAUGUGUUGGUGCACGAGCAUGGGAAGCUACAUCGCCUCUCCUAGGUGCUCUCACUUGGUUAACCUCAUUUGCUGCUUCUGAAUUUACAAAUGGGAGAGAUGUAGUUGGUAGUCGCGUAUUACCCGCGAGUGAUUUGGUGAUGACAAUGGUUGCGUCGAGACGGGCGGUCCCGACGACAAAUUUAAAAACUGGAGAAGAUGAGAUCCCACAAUCCGGUGUUAUCUCGGCGCCAAAGCAGUCACAGAUUACGACUUCGUGUUGGUUGAACUAUUGCUUGAAAGCAAGCUCGCCGCAAGAUACGCGAAUGGCAUGCCUGUCUCUCAUCCGGACGCUAUCUACGUGUAAAUCAUUCCAAGACGCCUUGAACGAAUAUGCGGUGUUGAGCGAUGUAGUAUCUGUUUUGAGGAACGAAAUCCCUUCGACGUCCACGAAUAUCAUGGAUAUUGCGACGACGCAGGAUCAAAAUGCAACUUACAUAAACUACACGUGCUCUCGAUCGAGAGAGCUCGUCGAUUUAUCUUUGCGCGUCUUAGCCGCGUUUGCGCACUUGGAUUGGAAAGGGUGGCCAAGAGUUGUUCGUAAGGAAAACGUUUUGGCCGCAGCGGCAAACACGGCGCUUUGGGAGAUGGCGGUUCAGAAAGCUAAGAUCAAGACAAGGAAAACGCCGUCGUCUAAAGUCGCGCCAGUUUCUGGGAUCAACGCGAGAGUCUUGCGAUAUGCGCUCAUUAUGAUUGCGCAUAUUCUUUCGAUUACGGAAACGCAGGAAUCUGCGAUGCGGAUGCUGGCGGAGAAUGCAAAUUUGAGCCGCAUGAUGGCUCGGUGUGCAAGAGGCGCCAGUGAACUUGGUCCAACAGAAGUGAAGAUUGGUGCAUUUGUUAUGAAAUGCGUAGAAAAAGCCGCGCGCACGCAUUACUAUUAA